AUGAUGCAGCCCGCAAAGGUAUGUGGAAAAUGUUCGUCCGGCGGUUCGAUUGGACAGAUGCUCGGAUGCGAUAUGUGCGACGUCUGGUUCCAUGCUGGCUGCGUAGAUGAGACGGAUACGAACCUCAACCCGGACAGGACUUGGAAGUGCAGCCGUUGCGUGAAGGACGACGCUGGAGAGGUAUCUAGCCAUCACGCUAGCAAGUCGGUGAGGAGUUCGGCUAGUAGCAGAGCCCGACGGGAACUACUUCUACAACAGCUGGAGGAACAACGCGCCUUGAAGCUAAAACAACGCGCGGAGGAGGACGAGAUAAGGAGAAAGCGUGCUGAGGAGGAUGAUGCGUUUCUUCAACAAAAAUUGGAGCUUAUGCUGGACGAUGACAACGAAAGCAGGCGUAGUAAGCUUAGCAGUCGGGCUAGCAGGCAGAAGGUCGAAGGCUGGCUCAAUGACGGCCGAGGCGGCCAAACAGUAGCGACCGGUCCGACAAGCGAUAUAGUCACCCCGAAGCAAGGAGAAGUACAUCAACCUGGCCUUAUCACCUCAGUUGGAGCAGCGCACCUACCAGAGUGCGCACCCUCAACUUCUGGGAUGCAGAGAGAGGUUCCAACAUCGACGUCAACACCUCAGGCAGGUAAAACGCACAAACUAGUACUAGUAGAAGACCCUCGAAAUGGUAUGCCGCAACAUGUAGGCCACCUUAACUAUUUAGGCAACAGUAAGGGGUACUGCGGUGGUAACAGUAUAUUACCACCGUCAAGUUUAGUAGGACCGAACGUGGGAGGGCAGCCUUUCCCUUUGCAUGCGUCGUGCCAAAUUGCACCAGUUAGCGAACUUUCCGAAAAUUGUAUUGCGAAAACGACAAGUGCCGAGACAAAAGUUACCUUUUCAGGAUACAUUCCUCCAUUUGUACCCAGUGUUCAUCAAAAUACAUUCGGUGUGAAUUAUCAAGGUGUGGGAACUUGCCAGGGGCAAUCAGUCAAGCCUCCAGUUUCGCGAAGUACAAUCAUUCCUCCGUUCGUGGGUGCCUCCGUAAUAGCACCCGAAGUGUUUCCAAGUGUUACCGUGCAAAAUGCGAAUGUGCCAGUUCUACCAUCGUCGACAUCAGUUCCCAAUAUAGACGCCGAACAGCGAGCAUCAGCAGUCAGCGCAGUGGAAUCAUUCGGUGGCGCAAGUGCAGCCGAGUUGCAGCCAAAUCCGGCAGGCGUACAGCAGUUUGGAGGACCACAAGUGGGAAUAUCGUUUCAGCCCGUGCCUAGUAGCGCGCAGUUAGCAGCGAGGCAGGUGAUGCCACGUGAGUUGCCCAACUUUUCUGGCGAUCCGCAGGACUGGCCCUUGUUUUCAAGCUCCUUCUACAACUCUACGACAGCAUGUGGGUUCACAGAUGCGGAGAACCUAGCCAGGCUUCAACGAUGCCUGAAAGGGCAUGCGCUGGAUUCAGUGAAGAGUCGUCUACUGAUGCCGGAGUCUGUACCACAUGUGAUGGAAACAUUGCGUAAACUGUAUGGGCGACCAGAGGUGCUUAUCCACACACUUCUACGAAGACUGCGCAGUGUACCACCACCGAGAACCGAGAAUCUGCAGUCGGUCAUCACGUUCGGGAUGGCCGUUCGGAACUUGGUCGACCACAUGUUCGUCGCGCAGCUGAUGGACCAUCUUCGUAAUCCUAUGCUACUUCACGAGUUAGUGGAAAAGCUCCCGUCGUCGAUGAAAAUGCAGUGGUCGUGGUAUAAGCGAUUACAAGCGGAAGUCAAUCUUGCCACAUUCGGGGAAUUCAUGACUGAAAUGGUCAACACGGCCUCCGACGUGACUCUACCAACAACGGAUGCCGCUGUUCACCAAGCUAGACCGAAUCAGGCUGGGAAAGAGAACCAGAAACUAUACGUGCACGCUGAGACACGAGGCGAACGAGGCGGCUUGAAUUGCACACCAGGACCAGCCGGAACAAGGCGACCGUGCCACUACUGUUCAGAUGAGGAGCACGAGGUAGUUACAUGUCCACAGUUCAAGUCAUUGGACGUAUAUGGUAGGUGGAAAGCAAUGCGGUUGAAAGGUCUAUGCAGAACGUGCCUGAUCCCGCAUCGAAAGUGGCCAUGCCGUUCAGGAAGGGAGUGUGGAGUCGAAGGUUGCCGGAUGCGUCAUCAUGAACUGUUGCAUUCGCGGGACGCUAUUGACUCAUCGGCUGGGCAAGCGGGAUCUGAAAGAAGAUCGGGUCCAAGCGGAGCGAGUGUCAUUCAGCAGAAUCACCAUUUAGCGUUGAACUUUUGCCUUUUCCGGUAUUUGCCGGUAACCCUCGAGGGAAACGGAAAACAGGUGGAAACGUUCGCCUUCCUUGAUGACGGUUGUCAAACAACGCUUAUGGAAGCCGGACUGGCAGAAGACCUGGAUAUCGCCGGACCAGCUGAGUCCCUUUGGCUAGGAUGGACGGGCAACAUCUCUCGAGAGGAAAAGGGUUCGCAACGCCUAUCAGUGAAGAUAUCUGGCGACGGGAUGAAGAACCAGUACAAGUUGAGCAACGUACGUACGGUCCAGCGGCUUCAACUGCAAGGACAAACGUUCCACUACGAAGAGCUUAUGAAGAUGUACCCACACCUACGUGGACUUUCGCUACGCAGUUAUGUCAACGCCGUGCCCAGAAUCAUCAUCGGCAUUGAACAUGCACAGCUGCUGACUGCAUUGAAAGUACGAGAGGGCAAGUCAAAUGAUCCAGUAGCAGUUAAGACUCGAUUAGGCUGGUGCGUUUACGGCAAGCAGACGUCUGGAGGUAGUUCUGCCAUUGAGCGAGUACAUCUGCACACGGAGGAGCAACAAAUUGGGAAUCGUGAGCUCCAUGAUUUGAUGAAGCAGUACUUCGCCAUUGAGGAAGCUGCGGUGGCUACCCCUAUCGAGUCGGCAGAAGACAGCCGAGCUCGUGCCAUCUUACAGAAAACAACGCGCAGGAUUGAAGGAGGGUUUGAAACUGGCCUGAUCUGGAAGUACGACCAUCCGGUUUUCCCGGAUAGCUUUCCUCUAGCCCUGCGGAGACUGCAGUCGUUAGAAAAGCGUCUCGCAAAGGACCAAGAGCUGGGAGAAAAGGUGUCAUCGCUGAUUCGAGAUUACGAAACAAAGGGAUAUGCACACAAAAUCACACAGGAGGAGUUGGAAUCCACCGAUCCUAGCCGCGUGUGGUAUCUUCCUCUGGGAGUAGUAAGGAACCCGAAGAAACCGGAGAAGGUCCGUCUAAUCUGGGACGCUGCGGCGCGGGAACAUCGACUGUCCUUCAACGAUAUGCUUCUCAAAGGACCAGAUAUGAUGACAUCGUUGGUCGCUGUUCUGUUAAGAUUCAGGCAGAGAUCGAUCGCAAUCUGUGGGGACAUUCGUGAAAUGUUUCAUCAGGUCCGGAUCAUCCCUGAGGACAAGCAGUCACAAAGGUUUUUGUUCCGUUGUCACCCAGAUGAUCCACCGCAAAUCUACGUAAUGGACGUGGCGACGUUUGGUGCGUCAUGCUCUCCUUGCUCGUCACAGUUCGUUAAGAACAAAAACGCACAAGAGUUCGCUUCGCAGUUUCCGAGGGCAUCGGAGGCCAUUAUCAAGGCUCACUACGUGGACGACUACCUGGAUAGCGUAGACACUGUCGAGGAAGCGGUUCAGCUAGUCAACGAGGUGAAGUACGUGCACGCGCUAGGAGGAUUCGAAAUAAGGAAUUUUUCAUCGAAUUCGUCAGCUGUUCUUCAAAGUCUGGGUGAAACGGAGCGUUCACCGAAAUCGCUGGAUCUGGAAGGUUCAGUUUACGUCGAGCGAGUCCUGGGGAUGGUGUGGAAGCCAGCUGAAGAUUUGUUCUCCUUCGAUGUAACGGUGAAAGAUGACCUGAAGAACUUUUUGGAAGGAAAUACGGUGCCGACGAAGCGACAAGUGCUGCGACUAGUUAUGUCGCUGUUUGAUCCUUGCGGAUUCAUUGCCCACUACAUCGUGCAUGGUAAAAUCCUGAUGCAGCAUAUUUGGAGAUCGGGCACGGAUUGGGACGAUGGUAUCUCGCUGGAGGUACAAGGAAUGUGGAGAAACUGGAUACUACUUCUGGAGCGGUUAGCAGAAGUUAAAGUCCCACGUUGUCUGUUUGGUGAAACCAGCAGUAAGGAACCCGCUACCAUUCAGCUGCACGUUUUUGUAGAUGCCAGUGAGCUAGCCUAUGCGUGCUGUGCCUAUUUAAGAAUAGUGCAGGCAGGCGUUAUCCGUUGCUGUCUCGUCGCAGCGAAAACAAAGGUUGCUCCCUUGAAGCCGCUGUCAAUUCCACGCCUUGAGCUACAAGCUUGCGUAAUCGGAUGUCGCCUCAUGGAAACUGUUUGCGUCACCUUAGAUUUGACAAUCGAAGGACGGUACUUGUGGACGGACUCCGCAACAGCACUCGCCUGGAUAAAAUCUGACAGCCGACGCUAUCAUCCAUAUGUAGCGUUCCGAGUAGGCGAAAUACUGAAUUCCUCCAGUGUAGAUGAAUGGUUCCACGUUCCAUCGAAACAAAAUGUAGCCGACGAUGCCACGAAAUGGGGAAGUGGUCCGAACUUCAGCCCAAACAAUCGCUGGUUUGCCGGCGAGUCAUUCCUAUAUGAACCAAUGACCAAAUGGCCGAAGCAGACCGGGUUACAGUGGAAAACAAAUGAAGAAUUACGUGCUGCGUUUCAUCUUCAUCAAGAGUUACCAGAAUCAACUAUUGACGUGAGCAAGUUCUCCAACUGGAGCCGUUUGCUGCGAGCAACUGCGUAUGUUCAACGAGCGGCGCAAAACUUCCGUGGUCGGAAGAUAGGAGGUGAGCUGACAAGUGAUGAGCUGUUGCGAGCUGAAAACCUUUUAUGGCGUCAAACACAGCAGCAAGCGUACCCGGAUGAAUACAGCGUGCUGAAGCAUAAUCUGGAACACCCGGAAAAAACACCGAAGUUGUUAGAGAAGAGUAGUUCAUUGUUUCAGGAAUCUCCUCUCAUGGACAGCGCAGGAGUAAUCAGAAUGAACAGUAGAAUUUCAACGGCUCCUUCCGCACCCUUCGCAACCAAAUAUCCAGUCAUUCUCCCCAAGGACCACGCUUUAACACGUCUGCUAGUUGACAGCUACCACCGGCGUUUUCUGCACAUGCAUAACGAAACUGUCUUUAACGAAGUUCGCCAAAGAUUCAGAAUUCCGCAGUUACGUCCGGUCAUCAAAAGGGUUGCCAGAGAAUGCCAGCGCUGCCGAAUCACAAAAUCCGUACCACAAGCACCGAUGAUGAGUCCACUUCCAGCAGUCCGGCUUACUCCAAACGUCCGGGCGUUCAGUUACACUGGUGUGGAUUACUUCGGCCCAAUCAUGGUGAAGCAGGGACGCAGUUUGGUGAAGCGCUGGGUGGCGCUGUUCACGUGCCUCACCAUACGUGCGGUACACCUAGAGGUCGUUCACAGCUUGUCGAUGAAAUCCUGCGUUAUGGCCAUUCGACGCUUUGUUAGCCGUAGGGGCGCCCCGAAGCCUUUUACUCUGACAACGGGACGUGCUUUAAAGGUGCCAGCAAUUUGCUUACAGAUCAGCUGA